AUGGUUUACCCCUUACUCCUUUGCCUCCUGCUUGCUCAGCUGGGAUUGGGAGCCGCCGGUUCCAGCCGUGACCCACCAGGACGCCUGGAGCCCCAUAGAGAGAGGACCCUUAGAGGGAAGCAGCAUGGCCAUCAGUCUGCGCGAGCCUCAGACUCUUCGACUCUCUGGAGCCGGUCCAUCGACGGCACCAUCUUGGCGCAGAAACUCUCCGAGGAGGUGCCCACGGACGUGGCCUCUUACCUCUACACUGGGGACUCCCAUGAACUGAAGCGAACCAAUUGUUCCGGCCGCUUCGAGCUGGCAGCCGGCCUGUCAGGGAAGUCCCCCACCAUGGUCAGCCUGCACCCCUCCUUGCACGGGGCGAUGGACACGCUUAUCUACGCCACUAACUUCCUCAACAUGAUCAAUAAGUCACUAGAGCAGAACUUGCAGGACGACCUAGAGUGGUACCAGGCGCUGAUCCGGAGCAUCUUUGAAGAUGAGCCCAGUAUCUCACGGGCAGCCAUUACCUUCAGCACCGAGUCACUGUCCUCUCCAGCCCCCCAGGUCUUCCUUCAGGCCACUCGUGGGGAGAAUCAUAUCCUCCUACAGAACCUGUCCUCUGCUCACCACUUGGCCAACGCCACCCUGGAGGCUGAAUGGUUUCACGGCCUGAGGCGCAAAUGGAGGCCCCAUUUACAUCGCCGAGGCUCCAACCAGGGGGCCCGGGGUCUGGGCCACAGCUGGAGGCUCCGGGACAGCUCAGUAGGGGAAAAGAACCAGAUCAGGUGGUCUCUGCCCUACCUGGAGUGCGAGAACGGGAGUUAUAAACCUGGCUGGUUGGUCACUCUCUCCGCCGCUUUCUACCGGUUCCAGCCUAACGUGGUCCCCGAAUUCAGAGGCGUCGUGAAAGUUGACAUAAAUCUUCAAAAGGUGGACAUUGACCAGUGUUCAAGUGAUGGCUGGUUUUCAGGAACUCACAAAUGCCAUCUGAACAAUUCAGAGAAACUACAGCUACUAAAACCCCAGAAAAGUUCUCACCUGCGAGUCUUUGCUGUAGUCAAAUGGUUUGAUAUCAGGAUUGGAUAUGAUUUUAAUAGUUAA